CUGUUAUUCAACAUAUUAUUGUCGAAACAUGGCCUUCCGAAUGCCUUUGGCGCUAGAAUACUGGUACUGACCCCUCUGAACAUUACCGCUAGGGAAUCUAAAUUACUAGACUACCACGAUCAUCAAAUUGUAGACUUUCUACGCUACGGCUGGCCUGUCAAUUAUACCGCAAAUCAACUUCCUAUUUCCACCGAUAAGAAUCACUCAUCAGCAAUUUCAUACGCCGACCACGUGCAACAUUAUGUUACCACAGAACUUCGUUAUCACGUGAUCGCCGGUCCUUUUCGCAACAAUCCCUUUCCCCAGCCUUUGAUCUGUUGCCCACUACAAACUGUGCCCAAGCAUGGGUCUUCUAAACGUCGCGUGGUCAUGGAUUUAAGUUCUCCCCCACACGCUUCAGUGAACAUUGGUAUUCCAGAUUCUUCUUAUCUCAACGAGCCCUACAAACUUCGCCUCCCAGGCAUUGAUCGGUUGUGCGAGUUCUUCCUGCAGCUAGGCCCAGGUUGCCUUCUGUAUAA